AAUUCUGCGGGACUAUUUUGAUGCCGCCACAAACGGCACAUUUUACAUAGAGUACGCGAUUAUUAAUCGACCUAAUUUAUAUAAUAUUUUUAUUGCUAUAAACUAGGAUCUACCUACUUAGUAUCAGUGCAGUGAUAAUGAGGAUAGUUUGAACAAGUACGUGAACUUUCUUACCAGUGUGUUGUGUUAGUGGUGCUAAUUAAAAUGCGGGUCACAAUACUCCCAUUCGUUAUGUUUUUUAUGUGGAUGCAAGGUGAUGUAGAUAGUGUGCGUAUCGUAGAGCUUCGCGUAGGCGCGCACUUAGCAGAAGGUGGUGACGCGCUGCUAGGCUGUGUCUUCGACUUGGGACCCGUCGCGCUGUACUCACUCAAAUGGUCCAAGGACGGCAAGGAGUUCUACCGGUACAUGCCUCAGGCAGUCCCGCAGAUGAGGUCGUUCUUCGUGCCGGGAGUUGUGGUUGAUCUGAACCGCUCCUCCUUGAACACGGUCGCGCUGAAGCACUUGACGCGCAACUCGUCCGGGGUGUACCAGUGCAGCGUGUACGGAGAGGCCCCGGACUUCCCCACCGCUUCCCGGGACAAGCGCGUCACUGUCGACCUCUUGCCGAAAACUGGUCCCAAAGUAGACGGUCUGAAAACAGAAUACCACAGUGGAAGCUACGUGGAUGUCAACUGUACUACCACGCCAUCGCGGCCCGAGGCCCAAUUCAAGUGGUUCAUCAAUGGCAGACCAGCUCCUAGCAGCUACUUGCUUGGACCCUACCUGGUGUUACCGACGAAUAUGCCGCAUACUUACCAAGCGAAGUUAAGACUCAAAUUUCAGGCACUGGAGAGCCACUUUGAGCAAGGAGCUAUGACAUUAAAGUGCCAAGCAACAAUACCGCCGCUGUAUCUUCAGGAGACGCAUUACACUUUUUACGACCCAAACCUCAGAAAAAAUACCACCAGAGCACAAAAGAAUAGAGGUGAGAUUGCUUCAACUACAAUUUUACUCCAGUGGUUUCUCCAUUUAUUGCUAGUGAUAAUGAAUAUUUAGUUUAAAAUAAGUAAAGACCUACUAGGAAUUAUGGUGCCACAGUGUUUCAUAUGAUAUUUAAGAUUAUGCUUAUACUCGUAUAUUAUUUAUCAAAAUAUCAUAUUCACUUCGUUGUUUAUAACGUGAAAUAACGUAGACGCUGAGGCCUAUUCCAGUUAAUUCUAUUUACUUGAUACAGCUUAUGGAUUUUAUUGAUGAAGACGAUAUUUUUUUUUAAAAACGUUCUGCAUUCAUAAACAUGUUAUUGUUACAUUUAACGUAUAUGCAUUUUCGUGUUACGCUUUUUGUUGUUAUUAAAUAAGAUUGCAAAGACAAUGUAGUCCCCACCGGAUUUAAGAAGGUCCUCAUAAUACCUACCUAGAGUACGAGUAUGAGUUAAAAUUGUUUUUUUACCGCCAGUAGGACUACCUACUAAGGUAAUAGUGUGGACUAAUGUUGAUGACUUUACGUACAAACUAGUCAAAAAUGCAUUUUAUUUGAGUAAAUAGGGCAUUUGUUAAAUAGAUAAAUAUAACUUAGAAAAUUGUAUACUGAAUAUGAACUGUGUUUAACGGAUUUAUUUUUAGAAGCAUUUAAUUUAUUAAGUAUUAUUAAACUGGUGAUAUUUUAUAAUUGUGUUUACGGAACCAAAAAUACUGUAGUAAAACAUUGUUAUUUUUUAUUAUUUAGCUC